AUUCAAGCAUGGGGAAAGUGAAGUGAUAGAAGACAUUUUAGGGAAUUUAUGGGUUGAUAAGUGUUUAGCAAACCAGCUGAUGUACCCAAGAUCGUGAUCAGAGAUUUUAGACAUAAGAACAAAACAUCUACCAGGCAGAAUAGAAGUAGAAAAUAAGAGUAAGAAAUCAAAAGUUAGACGCAUGGAGAAGUUACAAAAGCAUCUUAGAGCUAGACAGACUGGGAAUGAAUAUAGAAUGAGUCAAAAUGUAUCUCCGAAGUAUAAUAUCCUUCCUCCAGUGGAAAUGAGAAGUACAAGAGUGCUUUCAAAGCAAAAAGUGAAGGGUUUUAGUCAUAAUUUGAAAAUAAAAAUGAAAUUGAAAUAAAUCCAAGGAGAAAAAGCCGACAGAGUCUUUUGAUAAUAAGCCUCAGAACCUUGAAGAGCUUCAAAUAGAAGAUAAAGGGGUGAAUGAAUCAUCAAAUUUAUAUGAUCUUAGACCUAAAUCUCAGGCAAGAAUUAAUGGGAAAUAAAAAUAAGGCUAGCUUUGAUGAAUACAUGAUUAAUCCUCACUCCACCAGCAAAGGUAUUCAGCAUCGUUUCAGCUCUAUAUAGGUCUAUUAAAUAUGUCAAAGCCUGACCAGUCGUCCUUUAUCAGGACCAAAAUCUGCAAUAGUUCUACAAGACAGUCCCGGUUAGAGAACUUCGUUAAAAAUAUUGAUAAAAAGCCUGGUUUAUCAGAACAUGUUAGCUUCAGCAAGAACAAGAAUAUGAAGAAAGGACUAUUUGUGAUAUCCAAGCAGCUAUCAGAGAACGUGUCUAUUUAUGAUACCCCUAAAGCUCCCGAUAGGAAAUUUAAUAUGAAGAAUUUGUUUUAGUAAGAUCAUUCCUAGAGUAAAUUCAAGUGCUAGAAAGCAAGGAAAAGCUGGAUUUAUGAAUUUUACCAGCAAUGAUGCUUCUCUUAAUAACUUGAAUACUCAGUUUAUCGGAGAUGAAGGACUAGAGCCUUCACUUGAGAAUGGAGUCCUUGGUGAAAUGAUGGAGGAUAUCAAAAAGUCAGAGGAUUUUAGAUUCAUUCAAAAGCACGCGUAUCGUUCCAACGAACGCACAUGAGAUAAUGCAUUAUUGACUAGAGAAAUGAACUUAUUUGACUCAAAAUCAACAAACACUGGACAGGAGAAGAGCUACUUCCAAUUCCAAACAGCGUACAUUGAGAAUUGUAGGAAGUUUAGAAUAUUACCUCUCCCAUUACUCAAGAAGAUAAAAUACUCAGUACUCGUAUUAGACAAUUACCAACUGAGUUCUCAGAUUUCCAAGGCAUUCAGUAAUAGCAUGUAUUUCUUGAGUAGCUACAUCACUGGGGUCAAGUUGAUUAAUAAUAAUAUGAAGGAUGCAGACAUUGCUUGCUUUCUGAAAGGAAUGAUGUACAACCCAAUAAAGGACCUGACCAUUGAGAAUAAUAUCCUGAGAGAGCAGUCAGGUGAGGCUCUGUGCAAUAUCAUCAACGCUCUGGAAAAUGAUAAAGUCCUUGAUAUCUAUUCGAAGACAAUGGAGUUCGGCCAGGAUGAGAAGUAUCUCGACGUUAAGAUUAACAUUACUAAACUUGAGCUUAUUGAUUGAGAUAUCAAAGGGAUUCUCUUGAAGAAAAUUAUGAGAGAGAUUAGAGUUAACAGAGAAAUCGAGGAAUUAAGACUCUCUUCUAUAGAUUUUUCCACUGAUAUUAUUUCAAAUUUAUCUGAAUUUGUUGCCAAUAACUUUGCAUUGAAAAGCUUGAAUUUGUCUUGGUCGGAGAUUUCAAGUGAUGAUUUGUUGCUGUUUCUCUCAAGAAUAGAGCAGAUCAAGCACUUGCAACAUUUUGAUAUUUCAACAAUCCCUUUUCAAGGUCCAUCUUUGGAUAAACUAGUUGAUCUAUUGAAGCAAUUCAUCAUUAACAAUCCUUCACUUAUUCAUUUAAACAUUAGUAGUUGAAAUUUAAGCAGUAAUGAGAUAAAGAUUUUACUUGAAGGCAUCAGAAAAUCAAAAUCCUUACUCUCAGUACAUCUUAGUGGGAACACCAACCAAGAAGAUAUAGCCAAGCUGCUUGGAACAAACUGUCGCAAACCCUCGUUGAGCCAAUUAAUAAGCGGAAGACCUGGUGAGAGUCUUAACAUGAAUAGAUCGGUUUAAAAA